AAACACUUUUUCGUGAUAAUAUAGACAAUUAUUUAUACGUUCUGUAUUGACUUGUUAAAAGGAUGUAAACAAGCAUGUCAGGAAUCCGAACACGGUGUACGCCGCAGGGACAUUAACGAACUACUCCACCAAAUAAUGGGCAUUCACACCCAGAGUUUGGAUGAGGCGCACGAGCGUAAACGAACGUUGCGAAAUCACCAAUUAAUGCCUACUUUGUACAAUGUUCUGUGCGAAUUUAAGGAAAAGACAGGUCUAUCGUUGCGCCAUAUCCACGAGGAAGAUCUGCAGCCUGACGCCCAACUCAUGCGUUUAGAUAAUAUGCUAAUAGCGGAGGGUGUGACUGAGCCGAUGAAAGCUGGCGGAUCUACGCCUUCGAGAACAUCUAGUCAACUCGACAGUGCUAUCGAACACUACGAUUAUCGUAACAAACUCAGCUCCAUUAGACAAUGGUACCACCAAGAGCUUGCAAAAUAUGAGAGAGACUGCAACAUGUUUACCGGUCAUGUUGUUACUUUAUUGAAAGAUCAAAGUGCAGCUAGACCGAUUGCUAACAAGGAGGUUGAAAAGACGGUGCAGAUAAUCCAAAAGAAGCUAAGCAAUAUUCAGAUUCAACUAAAACAACAGACUUGCGAGGCAGUAAUGAGUCUUAGAAGCCGAUUCCUCGAUGCAAGGCGAAAACGGCGCAAUUUUAGCAAACAGGCCUCAGAGAUACUUAACGCUUACUUUUACUCACACUUGAGUAAUCCUUAUCCAAGCGAGGAGGCAAAAGAAGAAUUGGCGAGAAAAUGCGAUAUUACCGUGUCACAGGUGUCCAAUUGGUUUGGUAAUAAGAGAAUCCGCUAUAAAAAAAAUAUUGGCAAGGCUCAGGAGGAAGCUAAUCUUUAUGCAGCGAAGAAGGCUGCGGCAGCAAUAGCCAGUAGCUGUGGCUCCGGCUCCUCACCUUAUCAUGCAGGAUCCUCCAGCCAGGGAACGCCUACGCCAAUUAUGUCGCCCACUCCAUCUCUCGGGCCUCAGGAUAUGCAAGCCUAUGCGCUUAAUAUGAAUGCUAGCUCGACGCAUUAUGGUAGUCAGUCCUACAACACUUCCGUCAACUACGACCCCAUGCAACACUCGCGCAUGUCACCAGACUUGUGAUAGGGAGAGAAACUUGAUAAAUUGCAAAAGUAUUCUUCACUCAUCAGAUUAUGCGGAGACUUCGUAUUAUCAUUAAAAUUCUCUUUAUUAUAUUUUCUGAUAUCAGUUUUAAUAAUGGGACACUGUUAAGGCAGAUUAAUUAAAAUAUUAAUAACUAGUUCUGAUUCAUUGCGGAAAUGCUUGUUCAAUUCAAGCUGAUGCAUCCAAGCAUUGCUUUUAAUGCAUGUUUGGAUUGGUCUAGUUGUUGUCC